AUGACUGAUGGAGAAAAGUUUGCCAGUGAAGAUAUCAUGCUGCAAUUAAUGAAGAAAAAGAGCUGGUCCUUCAUGUUGGGAGAAUUCUCAAAAUUGUAUGGCAGUAAAGAGCAAUCUCCCAACCAGGGGAAACAGUUGAGACAUAUGCAAAGUCACAGUGGGGAGAGACCUUAUGAAUGUAAGGAAUGUGGGAGAGGUUUUAGUCAUGCCUCAUUUCUCGCUGUCCAUGUAAGAACUCACACAGGAGAGAGGCCUUAUGAAUGUAAGGAAUGUGGGAAAGCCUUUAGGCAUUCCUCAUCCCUCACUACACAUACGCGCACUCACAGUGGAGUGAGGCCCUAUAUAUGUAAGGAAUGUGGGAAAGCCUUUAGUUUUUCAUCAUCCCUUACUAUACAUAGAAGAAUUCACAGUGGAGAGAGGCCUUAUGUAUGUAGGGAAUGUGGGAAAGGUUUUAGUUGUUCAUCAUCCCUUACUGCACAUAGCAGAAUUCACAGUGGAGAGAGGCGUUACAUAUGUAAGGAAUGUGGCAAAGCUUUUAGUUGUUCAUCAUCCCUUACUGCACAUAGCAGAAUUCACAGUGGAGAGAGGCGUCACGUAUGUAAGGAAUGUGGGAAAGCCUUUAGUUGUUCAUCAUCCCUUACUGUACAUAAAAGAAUUCACAGUGGAGAGAGGCCUUAUGUAUGUAAGGAAUGUGGGAAAGCCUUUCGUAAUUCCUCAUCCCUUAGUGAACACAGAGGAACUCACAGUGGACAGAGGCCUUAUGAAUGUAAGGAAUGUGGGAAAGGGUUUAGUCGUCCCUCACAUCUUACUAUACAUACGCGAAGUCACACUGGGGAGAGACCUUAUGCAUGUAAGGAAUGUGGGAAAGAUUUUAUUCGUGCCUCACUUCUCACUGUCCAUGUAAGAACUCACAGAGGAGAGAGGCCCUAUGAAUGUAAGCAAUGUGGGAAAGCCUUUAGUCAUGCCUCAUCCCUCUCAGUGCAUAGAAAGACUCACAGUGAUGUGAACUGCCUUAUGGAAAGUGAAUUUGUUCUGUGA